AUGGACCGUGUCGUAUUCGCCCAAGUCGAAGCAAUUUUUAGUUUCGAACUAGACGAAAAGUUCACCUUGCUCCUCGUCACCUGGAUGGACGAGAGUCAGACGCGUAAACUAGGCUACCUUGGCCAGGUUAGAGUGCUCAAGCCUUUCCGCGCGGGGACUUCGGAGCGACCGAGAGUCAUCGGGCUCGAUGCCAUCUCGGCGAGCGAGCAAGGUGUGCCGAUUCUGAGGAAUUACACAGAGAUGAGACUGCACAUCAUAGUACCCUACCAAUUUUUGACAAUCUGAUGGGGUCUUCAUGUGAUCUAGGGUCACCUGCAAUGACGUCGCAGGAGAAAUGCUCCAGUCUCAGUCGAAGCACUUUUCUUGCCGUCGGCCUUGUCGGAGGCAUGGACAUGUCGAUGUCUUGCUCCAACCUUGUCAAUGCAAUUUUUUUCUCGAUGCCACCUGUUGAUAAGAGACAGUCUUCGCUUCUGACGAUUACGUCGUACCACCUUGCUCUCUGAGUCGGUAUCUCUGUCCACAUUUUGCGGACAUUCGUUUCAAGCCUACAAGAAGGCCUUUGGUCACCCCUUACAAACCAGUCGUCGUCUUCUUCCGAUUCUCACCAGUUCUCACCCGCCAUUCGAACGCCUGUGGACGCUCGUUCAAGCCUGUUCGCGGCCAUGACUCGCCCCCACCCGUGUGCUGCGGUGCCCACAAAGAUAUCUUCGCACGAACCAUCACGUCCUUGUAAGUGUUUCACCGCUCUGGCUACUCCUCGUAUGAUCGUGGCGAUACCAGGUUGUGCGACCACGUCGAGUCUCGCUGUGGUGAUGGCCCUGUGGGAGCUGCACUUAUGCUGACGCUUUCGCCCGUGUCUUGAUUCCUCAACAGCGAUGUUACAGGUGAAGAACCCUCUGUUUCGAGCCCAGCUACGACAAUCCCGGCCUCUAUUCGUGCAGGGUGGGAGGGCCGAGCGAUCAAGCUCCUAG